UACCACGAUCCUCCGCUGGGCGCUGUUUCUGUUUGUAGUGUUUGUCAAGUUAUUGACAACAAUUUUUCGCCGCGCAGUCAACCUAUUGCUAGGUAGUGCGAGUUUUAUUUUAUUAAUUUGUGAAAGUGAGGUGUUUUUGUGCGGGAUUGAUAAAAUGAAUGCUGUAUUUUAAAAUCAACUGUGGCCUGUGAUUAUAUAUAAUCGACAAAAGAAUAUUCCGUAAACAAUGACGAUCGACAAGCAGCUGGUGUGGGUCCGGGACCCGAGCGAGGGGUUCAUCCUCGCCCGGCUGCAGGAGCUGAUGGGCGAGGAGGCGGACGUGUUCCCCAUCGACAACAAGUACCCCAAGCGGGUCGUCAACUUCGACGACAUAUUCCCCGCUGGCGAUCCCGUCAAAGAUGUUGAUGAUAACUGCGAACUUAUGUUCCUGAACGAAGCAACGUUGCUAAACAAUAUAGUGACACGUUACAAGAAAAGCAAGAUUUAUACAUAUGUAGCGAAUAUUCUCCUUGCUGUGAACCCAUAUGAAGACAUUCCAGAUAUGUAUUCGUCAAACACAAUAAAAAAAUAUCAGGGCAAAUCUUUGGGUGAAUUACCUCCACACGUGUUCGCUAUCGCUGACAAAGCAUUCCGUGAUAUGAAAUCCCUCAAGCAAUCGCAAUCCAUCAUAGUGUCCGGUGAAUCAGGAGCGGGGAAAACUGAAUCAACUAAAUAUAUCCUGAAGUAUUUGUGCGAUCUUUGGGCUAAGGGGGCCGGACCAGUCGAACAGAAGAUCUUAGAUGCCAAUCCAAUUCUAGAAGCUUUCGGUAACGCAAAAACAACAAGGAACAAUAACAGUUCGCGUUUCGGCAAGUUCAUGGAAGUGCACUUCAACAACAAGUACCACGUGGUCGGCGGGCAUAUAUCGCAUUACCUUCUAGAAAAGUCUAGAAUAUGCACCCAGAGCGCUGAAGAGAGGAACUAUCACGUUUUCUAUUUGCUGUGUGCGGGUGCGCCGCAGGAGUUGCGUGCCGCCUUGAAAAUAACCAAACCGGAUGAUUAUUUGUAUUUAAAGAACGGAUGUACGCAAUAUUUUACGUCCCCCCAGUCUGGGAAGAAAAUAAGCGCGAGUCAAAUGAGCAAACAGCACCAGACUAAGGGUGGUCUGCGAGAUCCUAUACUUGAUGAUGUCGAGGAUUUCCAGAGGUUACACCAGGCACUAUCACGCGUCGGCCUCACCGAAGAAGAGCAGAAAUCGGUGUACAGCGUAGUAGCAGCUGUGCUGCAUCUCGGUAACAUAGAGUUCGAAGAGGAAGGCGGGGCCAGGGGGGGCUGUAGGGUGUCCCCCCACUGCGAGAAUGCUCUGCAGACCGCGGCCGACCUCCUGGGAGUGGAGGGGGGCGAGCUGAGGAUGGCUCUGGUGUCCAGACUGAUGCAGAGCUCUAGGGGGGGUAUUAAGGGCACCGCUAUCAUCCAACCGAUUUGGGUACCACUGAAAACGUACGAAGCAAUGAGCGCUCGCGACGCGCUCGCUAAGGCUGUAUAUAGCCGCCUGUUCGAUUACAUCGUGUUUCGGAUCAACAACAGCAUCCCAUUCCAAGCCUCGUCCUAUUAUAUCGGAGUUCUGGAUAUCGCUGGGUUUGAAUACUUCCAAAUGAACAGCUUCGAGCAGUUCUGCAUCAACUACUGCAACGAGAAGCUGCAGCAGUUCUUCAACGAGCGCAUUCUGAAGAACGAGCAGGAGCUGUACCGGCGGGAGGGGCUCAACGUGCCCGAGAUACGAUUUGUGGACAACCAGGAUUGUAUUGAUCUCAUCGAAAGCAAAAACCACGGGAUAUUCCACAUACUGGACGAAGAGUCGAAGUUGCCUAAGCCUGAAUUUGGCCACUUCACACACGCUGUCCAUAAGGAACUUGGAGCUAAUAAUAAUAGGUUACAAGUGCCACGUGCAUCUCGCCUGAAAGCUCACCGUGUACUGCGGGAUGAUGAAGGAUUCCUCUUGCGGCACUUUGCGGGCGCCGUCUGUUAUAAUACGAAUCAAUUCAUAGAAAAGAACAACGACGCACUGCACGCGUCUCUCGAGUUCCUGAUACAGGAGUCGAGGAAUUCGCUCGUGCAGCAGUUGUUCCAAAACACUGACAACAACAAUGCCAAAGGGAAACUGAACUUUAUAUCGGUUGGCGCUAAGUUCCAAACUCAGUUGUCGCAACUUAUGGAUAAGUUGAAGGAAAAUGGCACAAACUUCGUGCGUUGCAUCAAACCCAACUCCCGAAUGGUGGGCGGUGCCAUAGAGGGCUCUCUAGUGCUGACCCAGCUCCAAUGUAGCGGCACUAUUGCUGUCCUAGCUCUGAUGGAACACGGCUAUCCGUCUAGGGCUCCGUUUAAUGAUCUAUAUCAGAUGUACAGGGCCUUUCUACCGCCGAAACUUAACGCUCUCUCGCCCAAAGUUUUCUGUCAGGCGAUAGUCCACAGUUUCGGCCUCUCAGACAAGGACUACAAGUUCGGAGUCACACGCGUGUUUUUCCGCCCCGGAAAGUAUUCAGAAUUCGACACCAUGAUGAGGUCUGACCCAGAGAAUUUGAAGUCAAUAGUGGAUUCGGUUCUCGCGUGGUUGGUUAAGUCGAGGUGGAGGAGGGCUGUGUUUUCAGUUCUGUCCACUAUUAAGCUGAAAAACAAGAUCCUAUACCGCCGCUCGUGCCUCGUACUGAUCCAAAAGACGGUUCGCGGGUACUUAGUGCGACGCCAGCACAAACCCCGUUACACCACCAUAGCGAAUAUAAAAGCGCUCGAACACAACCUCAAGGAAAUGGACUCUGUUAUAUCGCAGCUCAAAGACGAGAGGGACAACGCUAAACGGAACAUUGAGAACCUGAGAAAUGCCAUUAGGAACGCGUGUGCGGCCAUCAAGAGCAAUGAGAAAAUAAGUCCUUCAGAAAUCGAUCAGAUUUACAACAAGAUAAGGAAAGACGUCGAAACACAGAUGAGCGCUCUACAAAAAGCAAUGGUGGAUCAAAAGAACAGGGAAGAACAGGAAAGAUUGCGUAGACUCGAAGCGGAGAUGCGUUUGGCAGAAGAGGCGAAGAGGAAAGAAGCAGAGCGACUAAGGCAAGAAGAGGAAAACAGGAGGCUGAAAGCGGAAAUAGAAGCUCGCAGAAAGUUAGAGGAGGCGGAACGUGCGCGCCAAGAGGAACAAGACAGGAUUGCGGCGAUGCAGCUUCAGCAGCAGCUCGAGCAGGCUGCAAGACAGGAUCUGGAGAGCCGCGAGAGAUUAGAGCAAGAGCGUCGUGACCACGAAAUGGCGGUGCGUCUCGCGAAGGAAACCAAUGGCCACGUGGAAGGAUCGCCGCCACAGUUGAGAAGUUUCCCAACAAUGGACUCAGUGAACGGAGAAAAUAAAUUGAACAGGUCUGAGCGAGUUCGCAUGCAGCAAGCGAUGCAAGGCAAGCAAAAGUACGAUCUAUCGAAGUGGAAGUAUUCGGAACUACGGGACACAAUCAAUACGUCGUGUGAUAUUGAACUGUUGGAGGCCUGCCGGCACGAGUUCCACCGGCGGCUGAAGGUGUACCACGCGUGGAAGGCGAAGAACGCACGCAAGAGCACCAUGGCCGACCAGGAGCGGGCCCCACAGUCCAUCAUGGAUGCCGCAAAGACGCCCCGGGUGGCGCAGAAGGGCGAGAUCCUGGGGGCGCGCCACCGCUACUUCCGCAUCCCGUUCGUGCGCGCCGGCGACAACGCGGCGGACAAGCGCGGCUGGUGGUACGCGCACUUCGACGGCCAGUACGUGGCGCGCCAGAUGGAGCUGCACGCCGACAAGACGCCCGUGCUGCUGCAGGCCGGUAUCGAUGACAUGCAAAUGUGCGAGCUGAGCCUGGACGAGACAGGGCUGACCCGCAAGCGCGGCGCCGAGGUGCUGGAGCACGAGUUCGAGCGCGAGUGGGCCCGCCACGGGGGCCCGCCCUAUCGCCCAUCGCACUAGACAAUAACAUCGAGUACACCAUUAAGAAGAGUAUUAAAAUAUAAAUUAUUCUAAAAACGUAGCGCUUUCAACUGUGCCUUCAAAGGUAGAUAGUGCAAUAUAUGAGUCCGCAGUGACUGUGAUUAUACAAGUACACAAUUUAGACGUAAUUUACGUAAACGGAACUAUUUAUCAACAGAUCAUAAUGGAUUUUGUGAUUUUUGAUUUAGCAAUUGAUUAUUGUGACUUGUUUACAUUUAGGCAAAAAAUAUAUUAUCCGUCAUUAGUUGAGAUUGUAAAUUUUAUUAAUUAAUUUAUGUAGACGUUAGCAAAUCGAGAACGAAUAAAUUUAUAUAAACCUUAGGUCAAUAUGAUAUAACUUAACUGUUUUAUGGUUGUAAACGACGAUUAUUUUAGACAAAAAAAAUAGUACAUAAAUGUUGGCAUUCCUAAAACAUAUUAAAUGUAAUCAUAAGUUGAAAGUAUUAUUACUACACUUAGUACACUUUUUGUCUAUUUUGUUAGACGGCUUACUUAACUUAUUACGAUGAACACAAUUCUACACAGAGGUCAGUUAAAAGAACUUUAUUACAGCAUGUGAUCUAAUUGUUGCCUUGAAUUAAAAAAAAAUACAUGAUUCCAACUACUUACAUAUCGAAAUUUUUAUUGACAUCUUACAAGUACAUAUAUACAUUUAUAUUUAAUUAUAAUAUAUUCACAAAGCAUGUGGACAAAAUAUUAUUAAAAAUAGCUGUGUGCAUUAUUUAAUAGCAUUUAUAUUUAUAUAAAGUACUAGAAUAAUGAAAAGAGAAGGUAUUAAAUGUAAGAUGAAUAUUAUAUACCUAAACGAAAUAAUAAGAAAUUAAGUGAUAGUUCAACACUUCAGUUACAGUACUUUAAUAAAAUUUUCGUAAUUUCUAUCCAAUAAUAUAUUUUCGAACUAUUUAUUCUGACUCAGCGUCUUAAACUUUCUGUAUAUUUGUUAUUGAGACAUUCCUAUUGAACUUUAAGACUGGGCUACGGCUUUGUAUCAAAAUUAUACAAUUUUCCAGUAUUUUAUGUAUGCAUUUUUUUACAGUAUUGAGUACAUUCCUACCAGAGCUUGGCGGUUUUAAAAUAUAGUGUUAGAUUUGUAAACUUAGUACAAUAAUAUAUGAGUGCCUUUUAUGCCGUGAAGUACAUGAAUUUGUGUUAUGCUUUACCAAAUAAAUAUAGGAUUGUAUUAA